UGAAUACACAUAACCUAGUAAAUCUCAUAGAGACCAAGUGGGAACUCAAGUUAAUUUCAUUUCAAAGUGUCCGUUUUUAGUAAUUAGUACAACUAGCAAAAAUAGUUUCCUGAAGAGAUUUUGAUUAUUGUACGUGUCAGCUCAGUAAUAUUCUCCUGUUAACAUUAAUAAUUAUUAAGAUAUUUGCUCAGAUAACUAAUUAUCAUUUGGGAUUCAGUGGUAUACUUCAUCUUCAACAACUCUUUCUGAGCAGAGUGAUUUUCUUCCAGUUGUCUUCCACCUCAGCAAUCAGUGAAUUGGCUCUUGUAGCCUAGUCCAAGGCUUAAAGAUUUGAAUUGAUCGAUUUAAUUUUGGAGACCUAUCUGUUAAAAACCUACCAACGUUACAAAAAUGUGGACUCUAAUUUCAAACCAUACGAGGAAUUGUUGUAGGAAUAGAUUAUUUAGUACAUCGAGUGGUUUAAACAGUAUUAGAAAGAAGCACCCAGAUUGGCCAGAGGAAGGAAUACAAUAUCAUGGAUUUAAGUAUUACCCACGACCGGGUGAGGUGGACCCUAUCAUCAAACCGGCCAAACUGUUUAUGGUUCAGAGGAUCCAGUCUCUGCGAGGUCAACCGUAUUGGGUUAAGGAUAUCAUAGAAGAGUUGGAAUUACAUAAGGAUGAAGUAGACAAAGCUGUUGUCAAGAACACUCCCGAAAUGAACAAGAAGUUAUGGAUCGUAAAACACAUAAUAAAAAUAAUACCAAUUACAUACCCGUACGGUGAGCCGCAAGAGGGUGACCAGGGCUACCUGAACGACAAGGGACAGUAUAUCCUGACCAAGAAGAUCGGUGCCGGAGUAGACGAAGGUAGACUGGAGGCCUCUCACCGAUUCUUCAAGGACCCUCUGCGCAUGGAUCCAGACACCAUGAAGAGCAAGUUGAGGGACAAGUGGUUGACAUCCAGGAAGUAGUUAAAGGAUUGUAGUUGUCGUUGUUAUUAUUGUAUAUAAAGAUUGUACGGUAACA